UUGCUAGCGGGAUUUUCCGUUAUUUAGCAAGAACUGUUGGGGAUUCUUAAAUACUAGUGACUAGUCUAGAGCACAAAACAUGUUUCGAUGUCAUUGAUUUGUCUAGAUUUCUUAAAUCUACACAGAAGCCAUGAAGUGAAGAAAGGAUUCACCUUUAGAUCUGCAAUGAUUGAAGUUGAUGCUGCAAACUAAUCUUUAGAUUCAUGCAACGAAAUCCUGUUUUAAAAUGCUACAAUGGGCUCGUUAUUGUCUUCAGAUGCUGUCUUGACUAAGAGAAACUCCUUUGAUAUCAAGAAUCUAGUUGUUAAUCACGAAACAGAAGUGUUGAAAGUGGAAGCAGCUGAUGUCCAUACACUUAUAGAUCAAUGUCGUAAGAAUCCAGGCCAUGCCAAUUUUAUUCCUGUUUCAAGAUUUCAAGUAACAGACUUACCAAAAGGAUACCGUGACAUUAAUCUGUACGAAUACAUCAUAGCGACUGCUGACCUAACAGUCAGAUUAGCUGUCAAAAAAGUUAGCCCAAACAGGCCACAAUUUUGGCCUGGCACCAAGAAACCUUAUCCUUUUUGUGAUACGACAGAGAGCGUAAUUAGAACAGGCACUGGGGAACUUACGAUACAUAAGUACAUAGAGGGAACAGGCCAGGAUGCACAUGGAAGUAAUUCUAACAUUGUCUCUGGAAGUAAACUAGAGACAAUGUACAAAACUUGCCCUUGUAAAAAAUGUCAAUCCUCAGAGCAGCCUUCCAAUGUUUGGUGGGAAAUCUAUGUCCACACGGCCACACAUGUGGUUUUUGAUGAGGCCGAGGCCGCGGCCACCACAUGCAGAUUGUUUUACGAUGAGAAGGCGUGUCCUGUGGUCAGUUUUGACAGAGUCAGUGAAGUCGAGGCCAACGUGGAGAGAGAUAAGUGUAUGUUAAAAUAUGAGACGUGUGAUAUGGCGCUGGGAGAGAAGCUGUUCAAGACGGAAGUACGUUGUGGGCGUCUCUUCAAGAAAGUCGGAAACAAGUUUGCGAGAAAACUUGGAAACAAAUUCAUGUUUAUUGUGUCACAUCCUCAUGGAGGUCCCAAACAGGUCAGCAUCGGUAAGUGGAGGACUUCCAUCAAAGUCGGCCAAUUUAAUAAAACUUUUGACAGAACAAAGAUAACGUACACUACCUGCACAUGCCCAGGGAGCAGUGGAGCAUUAAUCCACUGCGUUGGAUUGAGUGGAAAUCAUAUCCACAGUGGAGCUUUGGAGACAAAACUGAACUGUAGCGGUGUCGGUUACCACUACAGACAGUGAAGUCCAUUUUGGUGACCAGAUUAAUAGCACCAUGAUUAUAAGACUGCCAACACUGACUCCAGACAGAUGUCGACCAACAAACUUUUAAAUAGAAUGUCACAAUACUGAAUGCUGUCUUUAUUGACCAUGUUAUUGACUGAUUUUAAUUUGAACUUACUAAACACAUUGGCGUAAUAUUAUAAUCAGAUAUUUGAAGAAAUCUGUAUAUUAGAAAAAAUAGAGAUCUUAACGCUACAAUGUGUUUGAUAUUGCCUACAAAAUGCAGAUAAUAAUCUUUUGAAACAUUUCGAUUUGUUUUCUUUUUAAUUGUUUAAAUUGCAAAAGACAAAAAUAUAAACAAGUAAUGUUUUAAUCGACAUUUGAUUUGAAUAAAUAAAAGAACCAGCAACAAAAACAAAUAAAAAAAAAAAAAAUUAAGUACUUUUUUUUUUAUAUUUAUAUUAGUAUCCAUUCUCUCUCUCUCUCUCUCUCUCUCUCUCUCUCGCUCUCUCUCAAUAUAUAUAUGUUAUGUUCAUAAGCUCUCUAUUAGCAGCGUGGUUACUGUGUUGGCUUGAGAAGCCUGAGAAGGUUUGACCCCUUUUUAUUUUUAUAUUUAUAAAUGCUUUUUUAACAUUAGUCUAGAAUAGUCCAGAUCUAUUACAAAUUUAAUUACCUGACUGAUCCAAACUAAUUAAUACAAUGACACUUUAUAAAAGCUUUGUUUUUUAAAAAGAAUUUUAAAAAAAUGUUUUCUUGUUAUAAACUUACAACUUAAGCAA